AUGGACUUGGAUAACAUUGAAGGUCUGAAUGAGGUCCGUCUUGUGGUGUACAGAGCGGCUCUAAAGCUUCGAUCAUUACAAAAACUAUGUCAGAUGCAUCUGGUGUCACUGCAGGAUUUGCGUCCAAUUUUGAACACUUUAUGGACUUCUGGGGAACCAAUGAUUAGUCUUGCUCAAGAAGAUGUACAGCAGCAUCUAGAAGAGCUAUUCAGGAGUAUCUCCCCUGAACUUCCUGAUCAGGCGGUUUCUGAAGCCACAGAUCAAACCACCAGUCUUCUCUUUAAACUGUUUGACAGAGGGCAAACUGGAGUUAUUCUGCUGAGGUCAGUGGAGGCUGCGCUGAUCGCCCUCUGUGGAGACACUCUCUCAGCUAAACAAAGGGCUCUGUUCAGACUGGCCGAGAGCUACAGUAGGAAUCAGGAGAGCGACAGAGACUCCAUAAGUCGCAGUGCACUCAGAGUCCUGCUGGAAGACCUCAGCCAGGUUCCGGCUGUGGUUCAAGAAAACCAUGUUUUUGGUCAUGCUGAAACAGCAGUGUCGUCCUGCUUCAGCGGGGUAAUCAGUGUAGGUGUGACUGAACAGCAUUUUAUUUGGUGGCUGCAGUCAGAGCCGCGUCUGCUCUUGUGGCUGUCCACACUCUACAGGAUUUCAGUGAGUGAGGCUGUACAACACAGAGUUCACUGCCAUGCCUGUAAAGCCUUUCCCAUCACUGGCCUCAGGUACCGCUGUCUGAAAUGCCUGAAUGUACACCUCUGCCAAAGCUGCUUUCUGACAGAGAGAUGCAGCAGAAAACACAAGCCCUCCCAUCCUGUCCUGGAGUACUGCACUCAGCCCUCCUGGAAGGAGUCGAUGGCAUCACUGGCAUCCAGCGCUCGGCAUGCUUUGGUCCCUCGACACACCCGGAGGGAAGCAGAGAGGAAGAGAGCCCUGAGAGCAGGAUCCAGCACAGAGCUGCGUUACAGCGCCUCGUCUCCAGCGCUGCAGUUUGCUGGAUAUCCAGACACACAUGAUGCUGCGGAAUCAAGUUUGACUGCUGCUCCUGCUGCCGUUACAGUAGAGUCUAAAAGCCUGCAGACAGAAGAGAUAAAGAUCCCUCAGAGAGAAACAGCUGAACUCCAGAAAGACAUCAGUGUUACCCAGAUGGCCAUGAGGGAUUUGCAGAGAGACAAAUGGCUCCUGGAGAAAGAGUUUCAGGUGUGGAGAGUCGCAGCUCAGUCAGAGCACGAUUCUCUGGAGGACAAAUGCACUGAGCUGAAGAGCAUGAUGGAGACGCUCAACCAACAGAACCAGCAUCUGGAAGAAGAACUAGACACAGUCAGACAUUUGCUGAGUCUGAGGCACAAAGAAGAGCUCAAAAGAUCACAUUCAAACCUUCAACCAGAACAAGAUGGCAGCAUUAGUGAGAACAACUGGAUACAACCUGGAUGUUUAAAACCUCAUGAAAGCUCCAGCGCAGAACAUGAGGUGGAGAAGGAGGGAGGAACUCAUCAGGAACGAAGGUUUGAAGAGGAGGAGGACACUCUGUAUGAUGUUUCAGAGGACAUCUUCACAAAUCUUGAGGACACAGAGAGUGUUCUGACUCAGGACGUCCACACAGCUUUAGUACAGCAAGUGGAGGAGAAGCUACAGGAAGAGGAGGAGGAGCUACAUACAGAAAAGGAGGAGCUACAACAUGACGGACAGGAUCUUUCUUUAUUUCAAGGAUGCAUGUCGGAUUUAGCACCGGAUGGACACUCAGAUGAUUCAGAGAUGGACGAUGAGGAGGAUCUCUGCGAGCUUGUACAGAGACUCCGAAAUGAGCUUUCUCUAUAUAAAGCCACAGGGUCAGUCUGUCUCCAGAAAGAAAUGCUGAUGACGGCAGCAGAGGGAGUCAGAGACUCCGUUUCUCAUCUCGUCACUUCUGUAAAGACCUCCAGUUUGGCAUGAUGGUGACAAUCACAGCUUAAAAACAAAUUGUUCCUUGCAUUUGCACUAAUUACAUUUACAAGUCAUUCAUUAUAAUUCAGAGUUUGGAAU